AUGAUAUCAACCUCGUGCUUCCAAUUGUGGCGUUUUCCAACCAGUCAAUAUGAUCCUUCCAUUGUGAUCUUCACCAUUAUAGGGCUAUUGACAUCCCUUUAUAUUAUUAAGCGGAAAUACAAGGCUGGCGCAGGGAGGAAAUCCCCUUGGAAGCUUCCCAUCAUUGGUGACCUGCAUAGUUCCCCGAUUGGCAGACCACUUUUGAACUGGGACACAUGGAACAAAGAAAAUGGUCCGAUAGCGAUCCCGAAGCUGUUCGGGAUUAUACCAAUCGUCGUCUUGAACUCAUACGAGGCUGUGACUGAAUUGUUCAGUCGUCGCAGCCAAUGGUAUAGCAAUCGCCCCCCCUCGGUGACUAUGGAGAUGAUCACCGGUGCUGAGCCUGGGAAAUCGAAGUUUACUCUUAUGCACGACUACGAUGAUCAUCUCAAGUUGCACCACCGCAUUCUAGCACCUAGCCUCGGUGCUUUGGCCGCCCCGCAAUAUCAGCCCCUGAUAGAACUUGAGUCCAAACAGCUGCUUUUGGAUGUAUCAAAUGCCGCGCGGGAAGUGCCUCAUGGGAUUAGCACCGAUGCCAUCUAUCCAUUCCUGGAGCGCACUCAGUCGAGUGUCAUACUAGCGCUGCAUUAUGGUAUGCGUAUCCCGAGCUUCGAAGAGGCUAUCCUGCAUGAGAUCAUCGAUAUCCAGACGCGGAUAACCCACCUCGCCGCCAACCCGGCUCUGCCGGAUAUCAUCCCGUCUCUGCGCCAUCUCCCGUCCUUCCUGUCACCAUGGAGGCGGGCAGCCGACAACCUAUAUGCCACGCAAGUAAAACUGUACAUGCGCCUUUUCCAGCAUGGGAGAGACGCGCCAGGCUGGAACGCGACCAAGCAGGCAAUCUCCACAGCUCUAAAACACUCCGAAGCUGGAGUUCCGGACCUCGAUCUUGCCUUCACACUUGCAACAUCCAUUCAGGGAGGAAUGGAGACUUCGCCGCGGCAGCUCUUGUGGCUUUUCAUUGCAGCGCUGCAUGAACCAUCCUUCGUAAGCCGGGCGCACGUCCUGCUUGACAAAGUCGUCGGGCGUAACCGUCUCCCCCAAUUUUCCGACCGCCCAAAACUGGCUUUCAUUGACGCCAUCACCCACGAGCUUUUCCGUUGGCGGCCUAUCGCGCCGGGAUCUAUUCCGCGUAGGGCAGAUCGUGACGAUGAGUUCGAUGGCAUCAAAAUAAAAAAGGGCGUUACUAUCGUGGCUAAUGCGUGGGCGAUCAGUCGAGACGAAGCAGUCUUUGAUCCGGCACUGGGAGAUACCCAGGACUUCGUGCCUGAGCGGUGGUUGCGACGGGUGGAUUCUGGGGACGAACAAUUGCGGACAGAUCUCCCACUGCCGGUGUUCGGACAAGGUCGGCGGAUAUGCCAAGGGAAACGAGUUGCCACGGAUGGAAUGUUUAUGCAGAUUGCUUGUCUUUUGUGGGCGUUUGAUUUCGAGCUCGCUGAUGGGGAAGAGUUAGAUCCGUGGGCUAUGACUGUAGCAGGGUUUAUGACAAUCCCUAGCGAGGUCAAACUCAAGCUUCGGCCCCGGGGUGACUGGGUAUGUGAUGCUAUAGGGAAAGAGUGGCAGAUGGCAGAGAAAACACUUAACGAGGUUAUGGGGACUGGCCUUGAUGUUGAGGAACCGUAG